UUCUUCCUCUUCAUCCCUUCCUUACCUUCACUUCAUAUCUUUGCAUCUAGCUACGGCAAGACGACGUCCGUUUUAUAGGCAGGAUGACUACUAGCCAGACGUAUGGCGCUUCUCUCCCCGACCAAUUCCAAACCAUCUCCUCCCACCUCCUUACCCACCUCUCCCUGCUCGCCGACACACGCGAGCUGAUCCGAGAACGGGCGGCUCUGGAGCGAGAGUACGCUACCAAGCUUAGGGAUCUGGGGUAUAAGGCUGCUGGUAAGAGGGGGAAAAGGGCGAGUGCGUUGGUCGUGGGGGAGGUGCCUAGUCGGGCGUGGAACGAGGGGGCGAUUAAGGCUCAUACGUUCGACACGGCGUACCAGGUCUUCCUCGCUUCCCUCGAGAACACAGCUCGGGAUCAUAUAACCCUCGCGGACACGCUCGACUCGGAGAUCGUUGCUGGGCUUGCGCUGCUCGAGAAACGGAAAGAGGAGCUGAGGAAGGUCGAGGUGAGGAAUUAUCAGACGCUGUUGGAGGAGAGGGAUGGGAUAUAUGAUGUGAGGAUUAAGGCGAAGCAGAAAUACGAUGAUGCGUGCAUCGCGGUUGAGAACUCGCGUAGGAAACAGGAGGUGGGCAGGCAUUCGGCAGACAAGUUUGACGCGUUGACGGAUGAGAUGAACACGGCGAAGAACGGGUACCUGGUGUCUAUUGCUGUCUCUAACAAGGAAAAGGACAAGUACUUUGAGGAGGACUUGCCGGUGUACCAAGAUCUACUGCAAGACCUCCAAACCUCGCUCACAGACCGACUCACCAUCAUCCUCAAACGCAGUACUCAGCUACACCUCGAGCACAUCCAGCAUAUAACAACACACCAAGCCUCGAACAAAAAAGCGCUCGAGUCCGUCAAUCCCGCAACCGACCAGAACUUGUUUAUACAGUACAACCAGCGCCCGUUUUCCCUCCCCCAGGACUGGGCUUUCGACCCCUGCGCGAGCCAUUAUGAUACUCCGGAGGUGGGGCUGGACCCGCAGCCGAAGAUCUACUUGCAGAACAGGCUGGCGAACUCUAGGGGGAAGAUCGCGAAUGUCAAACCCGAAGCGGAGGCGAAGCAACGCGAACUUGCCUCUCUGCAGAAAGUGCUCGUCAAGUACCGCGAGCAGCCAAAGACGGGCGACGCGGAAGAAGUAGCGCGUCAGAUCGCCGAGGCUUCACACCAGCUGGCGAUGCUCACUACGAGCGUGACGACGCUAGAAGCGGAGAUCGCGUGUAUUAGCGCUGCGCUGGGAGGGGACGAGGGCGGGGGGAAACCGCAUACCUGGAAGAGCUCGAGUUUUUCAAUCCCGACCGCUUGCGCGUACUGUGAUACGUCCAUCUGGGGCCUGAGCAAGCAGGGCAAGACGUGCAAAGCCUGUGGGAUAUCCGUUCAUAACAAAUGCGAGCUCAGUGUUCCCGCGACCUGCGGCGACCCCAACGUCAGCAUCAAGAAAUCCGACACGGUGCGGAGCAAGUCCGGCACAGGCACUGGCACGCCCGCUCGAACCCGGGCGUCAUCUAACGCUUCCCUCGCUUCUAGCUCCUCUGUUCCAUCUCUCACGACCUCAAUAUCCAAGACGACUUCCAUAGGGAAAGAGAAGCCCUCAUCCCCCAGUACGCCUACGGCCUCGGCCUCAGCCUCGGGGGGAGGGAACCAGCAGGCAAAGGUCAUAUUCACUUUCCCCGGAUCGGCAGCGCACGAGCUCGCCGUGUCCGAAGGGGACACCGUGACCGUCCUUGACCCAGACGACGGGACCGGCUGGGUAGAAGUCCGCUCUUCCUCUGGCUCGGGACUCGUCCCUGCUUCGUACCUGAAGAUACUCCCUCCUUCUAACGGGACAAAAAGACGUGCUCCCGCUCCCCCGCCACCUAAGCCCCGGGGGAUGGGACCGAAGAAGGUCAAGGCGCUGUUUGAUUACCAGGGACAGACGGGGGAGGAGCUGGACCUGGAGGAAGGGAGGGUGUAUGAGCUUGCUGAUGGGGGGGAUAAGGAUCCUGGUUGGUGGGAAGUGAAGAGCGGGGGGAGGAAGGGGCUUGUACCUGCUAAUUAUGUCGAGUUGGUUAAGUAG